AGUGCCUUUGGGCCGGUCUGGCGGUGGCUGCGGCAACCUACCAACUGUCCAGAAGUAGAGGCUGCUACCCCUGCCUGGCCCGGUAAGCGGCGGCGGGAUGGACAGCCCUGAGGUGACCUUCACGUUGGCCUACCUGGUCUUCGCAGUGUGCUUCGUGUUCACGCCCAACGAGUUCUACUCGGCCGGGCUCACAGUGCAGAAUCUGUUGUCGGGCUGGCUGGGCAGCGAGGACGCCGCCUUCGUGCCUUACCACCUUCGUCGUACUUCCGCCACACUACUGUGCCACUCACUGCUGCCGUUGGGCUACUACAUGGGCAUGUGCUUUGCAGCCUCAGAAAAGCAGCUCUACUCCCCCGGUCAGGCCCCAGAAGCCUGGCAGCUCUUCCUUCUCCUGGCUGUGACCCUUCCCCUUGUCUCCUGUACCCUGAUCUACUAUUGGUCCUGGGAUAGGUGGGCCCGGCACCCACUGGCCCAAACCCUGGCCCUCUAUGCCCUUCCACAGUCUGGUUGGCAGGCGGUUGCCUCUUCCAUCAACACAGAGUUCCGACGGAUUGACAAGUUUGCUACUGGGGCACCUGGUGCCAGAGUGAUUGUGACAGACACAUGGGUAAUGAAGGUGACCACAUACCGUGUGCAUGUGGCCCAGCAACAGGAUGUUCACUUGACCGUGACAGAGUCUCGGCAGCACGAUCUCUCGCCAGACUCAAACCUACCUGUGCAGCUUCUUACCAUACAUGUGGCAAGCACCAGCCCUGGUGCACAGCCCUUUGAUAUUAGGCUGAACUCCUCAGAAUAUGGCGAACUGUGUGAGAAGCUCCGUGCCCCAAUCCGAAGUGCAGCCAAUGUGGUCAUCCGCCAGAGUCUAGGCGACCUCUUCCUAGAAACAUUUGCUUCUCUUGUGGAGGUCAACCCAGCCUAUUCAGCACCCAGCAACCAGGAGCUCGAGGCUUGUAUAGGCUGCAUGCAAACACGGGCCAGCGUGAAGCUGGUGAAGACCUGCCAGGAGCCAGCGGUGGGCGAGUGCCAGCAGUGUUACUGCCGACCCAUGUGGUGUCUCACUUGCAUGGGCAAGUGGUUUGCCAGCCGCCAGGAUCCCCAGCGCCCUGACACUUGGCUAGCAAGCCGUGUGCCCUGCCCCACCUGCCGUGCCCGCUUCUGCAUCCUGGAUGUGUGUUGUGUACGCUGAGCAUCACAGUAUAUUCUGUGUCUCCACUAGCCACUUAGGGAGUGGCUACAGCUCCUUGACUUCAGCAAGAUGUCCUAGUUAAAGCACACACUUAAUCUACAGCCACUCUCUACCUUGAGUCUAUGGUCAGUUGAAGAGUUUUAGAAGAAAUUCUCAUGGAAAUGCUCUAUCCCUGGACCUUCAGCAUCCCCUCUUCCUGUUUACCUCCAGGUGGGGCUGAUAUGCCACAUAGAAUGCUCCAAAGCCCCAGGACAUUGGAGUUUGGCCCAAGAGCCUUCAUUUGGCCUGUUUGCCUUAAUAUCUAUUACAGAGCAUACCUGUACCUCAGUUACCAACCAGACCUGCGUCUGUCCCAGGCCCUGUGGUGUUGGGUAGACGCUGACCGUUAAGAGCGGGUCACCGGGGUGCCACUCUAGUGUGAAGGCCUUUUCUAGGGUGUCUUGGUGACUGUAGCCAGCCAAGGGACCACUUCUUGGUAGGAAGGCAAGGGCAGCAACCUAGUCCAUCCAGUACAGAGUACCCUCCCAAGUUACUCAUGAGGCUUGCAUAUGUUUUAGAGGAUCCACAAUACUUUUGGGGUCUUGCUUCUCCAGUCCUGGGAAGGAUUUUAGGGGAGCCAAGGAUUUGAGAAGAGAGCCACAGUACUACCCAGAAAGAAACCCACCAGGAAUGCAGUACAGGGUGAGCCAAGGCUCUGUGGGGAGCUUGGCUCAGGAGAGGAUACCUCAGUGGUUAGGGUUCUGAUGGACUACUACUCACUUAUCUAUGGAACAGAUGGGUGGGGAAAAGGCUGCCCUUUACCCUCCAUCUCUGACACAAGUAUAGCUGCUAGAGGGGAAGACUUCUCCUUCAACUUGUAGUCCUGAAGCACCUACACUGAGUUGUUGAAAGCAGCAGUGACAGACCAAGCUAGCCCCUUAUCCAGCCAACACUGCACCUAACCCCAGGGAUUUGCAAGCUCAGUUCUGCCAGUCCCCAAGUAUGACUCGGAGUCGGUCAGUUUCAAGGGCUGUCUGCCCAGCAGAGGCCAAGUGGUUUGAAGUUAUUUUUUUAACCACAGAAGAGUUAAUUUUAUACAGAUAAAUGUAAAUGUAGCUAAAUGACACCGUAUUUAAUAAAAUGUUCCUUUUCAAGUGA